UGUGAUGUCACACUGAGCUGAUACAGCCCAGGGACUAUCUCCCUUCUACAGACAUUUGAUAAAAUCAGGAACUUCAGAUAAGUCUAGGGAAGGUUCUCACCUCAGAACCUAUUACAGAAAAGUAUGAAAGCUAAUUAGGGCCCUUCUCCUAUCCUGAGAUCCAUUACAACAAGGGGACUUCAAGGAGUCCAAAGAUCUCACUUUUGUUGUGUUGUGUUUUUUUGUUUUUUUUUAAUGCAACUUUUAAAGUCAGUUAUUCUGGAUGUUUGAAAAUUGAAAUUAGAAAAUUCACUAAGAAGUUGGCUGAAUGUUGCAAGCUUGCAAAAUGGAAGGAUUUCCCCUCAUUUCCCCUCCCUCAGAAGAUGUGGUAUCCUAUGAGUCAGACCUCUACCGUCAGCCCCAUGACUAUUACCAAUAUCUCAACAGUGAUGGAGAGAGUCACGGUGACCAUUACUGGGAGUAUCACCCACACCACAUGCACAGUGAGUUUGAGGGCUUCGGGGACAACCAAUUUACAGAACUCCAGAGUGUACAGCCUCCUCAGCUGCAACAGCUCUAUCGGCACAUGGAGUUUGAGCAGAUGCAUGUCCUAGACUCGGGGAUCCCAACCACACAUAUUGGCCUCAACCACCAGGUCUCCUAUUUGCCUCGGAUGUGCGUACAGUAUUCCUCUCCACAUCAGCCCAGCUCUGAUGAGGAGGAUAUGGAGAGGCAGAGUCCCCCUUUGGAGGUAUCAGAUGGGGAGACUGAUGGUGUGGACCCACGUCCUGGAAUUAUACAUGGAGAGCCAGGCAGCAAGAAGAAAAUCCGUUUGUAUCAGUUCCUUCUGGACCUUCUUCGAAGUGGAGAGAUGAAGGACAGCAUCUGGUGGGUGGACAAGGAAAAAGGCACUUUUCAGUUCUCCUCCAAACACAAAGAGGCACUGGCACACCGCUGGGGCAUCCAGAAGGGCAACCGCAAGAAAAUGACCUACCAGAAGAUGGCACGGGCACUGAGAAACUACGGCAAGACGGGGGAAGUCAAGAAGGUCAAGAAGAAGCUGACCUACCAGUUUAGUGGAGAGGUAAUGGGAAGGGGAAGCACUGAUAGAAAGCAUUAUCCUCACUGAGCACAGGCCUUGGGACCCUGAGCAAACCAAAAAAUGAAGACCUCCUGGCUGGAUACUGGCAGAGGAGACGGACGCAUCUUUCUCUUUGCUUCACAUGCCCACUUCUCUACCUUGUCAGGGCUUUUAACGUCCGAUGUUUCUGGUACGAAUUCCCUUCUUCAGCACUUGAGAAUCCUACAGAUAAGAGAAUUCUGCUUCCAUCCAACAAGCUGGACAGAGUUGGGAAAUUUUAAAAGUGUAUAAAUAUAUUAUUGUCAGAAAAUAUUUGUUUGAUUGUGUUGUAAUUAAUGGAUACAGCUGAUGAAGUUUUGCCCUUCAAAGGCAGUGCUGUGUCAUCUUCAGUGACACUGCAUUAGCUUACGGCUUUUAAACUAGCAUUAAUACAGGCUCUGCCGCAGCUCUCAACAGCUAGAGAGAAGUUUGCAGAUCUUGGAAAGAUACCUGUUCUGUUUAAAUUGUAAUAACAUGUAUAUAUUUAAUAAAAUUUGAUAUAAUGAA